CUGAGCAGUCAUGUUUACAUUACUUCUUGACGACCGCUUUCGCGCACAUGACGACAGUAGGUAUUUGCAUACUUUUUCUACAUCAACGGUCUUGCUUGCCCUCAGCAAGCUUCAACGAAAAUGGAAGGAUGCCGCGCUCCUCUCCGUGUUCCAUUCCACCCACUACCAUCUUUGGCAAGAGCCUGUCCAUACCCUAUCUCUCGCGACCCUCAUCCGAACAUCGGUUAUGGACGCUCCAUCAUUCACCGAGACGUUGAAAGACUUUGUCGAAGCGAGGAGCUGCCUAGCAUCUACCAGCAAGGAGCCUUCGAUCUGCCAAUUGACAAGACUGACUUUGAUGACGUCUCUUUUGACGAUGAUCGUCUCAAAGAGAAACGCGUGGUCGACUUGGACUACGAUUUCGACCCGCAGCACCCGCUAAAUUGGCCGGCAUGGAAGAAAGGCCUAAAUGUGGGCUGCAUUUUCUUGAUGUGCAUCAUUUCCCCAUUCACGUCUUCGGUCUUUGCGCCAGCCAUUCCAGACCUGAUGAAAGAUUCAAGGCUACAUAUUCCUACCUUUCUUCGUUCGUGCUGAGCAUUUACGUCCUCGGCUACGCCAUCGGUCCGCUUCUGAUCUCUCCGCUCUCAGAGUUGUUUGGCAGAGUGCCUCUAUACCAUUUCUGCAAAAUGCUGUUCAGUAUCUCGACACUACUAUGCGGCACAAUAUAUUCCUUGUGCACUCUCGCAGGCGUCCGACUCUUCGCUGGCAUGGGCGGUAGCUCCGUUUUCGCGCUCGCACCUAGCUCGGUCGCGGAUAUGUUUCCAGCAGAAAAGCGCGGCGCAAUCAUUGCACUGAUCGCCAUACCGGUAGGCUAUACCCUUGGCCCUUCUUUCAGCCCUACGGCAGGGUCUUACAUCAACGCUGCUUGGGGAUGGCGGUGUAUAUUCUACAUCACCGGUGGAAUCGAGCUGAUAACCACAUCUCUGAAUUCCGCGGGCGUAAGUGAGGCGUACGAGCCUGUUCUACUGCGCAGGAAAGACACACGACUGCGGAGGCAGAAACGCGCGAAGGACAGCCCAACAAGAUCAAGAUUCGACUUCGACGCCAACACCUCCAGGUGGAAGGCACUCGGAGCAGCAAUGCUGAUGCCUCUGCGCAUACUCAUUUUCUCGAAGACCAUACUGUUAACAAGCGGGCUGACAGCUAUUGGAUAUGGCUGGAUGUACAUCCUGUACACAACACUUCCAGGAACUUUCUUGACCGCAUAUGCAUGGGAGUCUAAGACUAUAGGCCUCGCAUAUCUCGGCACUGCACUCGGGGCGCUGACAGGCAUGAUCGCAGGCACGAAGACCUCUUACGCCGUCAUCAACAAGAGGAACCUCAGAGGGGACAGUAGGCUGGAAAAUCGGUUGUUGCCGGUGUGCUUCUUUUGGCCGCUUGUCAGCGGUGAUCUAGUUCUAUACGCGCGGAUUGCGCAGAACAGAGUCCACUGGGCGGUGCUGUUGCUGGGCACGUGUAUCUUCGGCGCUGGAGCUAUGAGUGCCAUCAUGAGUCCUUCAUUCUUCACAGGUACCUACAUCAUAGAUGCUUACCCGGCUCACUCAGCUUCUGGCAUUGCGGCGAGCACGCUAUUGAGAUCGAUUCUUGGUGGUUUGGCACCGUUGUUCUCGAAUAAGAUGUACGAGCGGCUGGAUGUAGGGUGGAAAUUCACUUUGCUAGCAUUUGUUGCGUUGGUCGUGGCGCCGGUGCCGUGGUUUGUAUAUCGUUUCGACGAAAGGUGGAGGAAGAAUGAGAGAAUUGGU